GGUUCGAUGUGAGCUCGGAAUCUCGGUGGAAGUCGGGAAAGAUAAGAUAAGAGUUUCCUGUGGUGACCCUAACCCUAUUCUUCAAAGGUAUGAGAAGGUGAAUGACUCUUUCACACACCCAUGUGAGAGUAUGAAGGAGAAGGGCUCUGAAAUAGAGAGAGUACAAUCACGCAAUUCUUGUACAAAUCAAGGGCGUGAUUCAUUCGAGUGACCGACCCGAAUUUCUACCACAAAAAAGGAAAAUAUUUAAGAAUGAGAGUGGUUUGCAAAUCGUUCAUUUUCAACCUCGGUUCCCUCAGCCUACAAGAAGUACAACACGACACCAGCUUAACCCCUGUUUUUUCGGUGGUUUAAGUGAAAAGGAAGAUGGAGGCAUUUGAGGAGCUUAUCCGCUGGGCGGAAGAUCGAGGGGUCGAGCUUCAUGGGGUCACCCCUCACACCUUGCCGGGACGAGGUGUAGGCAUCGUAGCAACAAAACCACUGAAGGCCGGCGACCUGAUCCUCCAAAUACCAACAUCUACCCUGCGAACCCUCGACACCGUCCGGCCCGAGAUCAAGGAGAGCCUCCCCAAGGACACCAAGGUGCACGCCCUCCUAGCCGCCGAGCUGGCCCUCGACAAGCCCAACUCCGAGUACAGCCCCUGGAACGCCGUGAUGCCCUCGCGCGACUCCAUCAUCUCCAGCCUGCCCCUAGCCUGGGACCCACGCCUGCACGCCUACCUGCCCAAACCCGCCCUAGCCCUUCUCCGCAAGCAACAAGCCAAAUUCACCCGCGACUGGGCCGCCAUCCAGCAAACCCCCUUCGCCUCACCAACAGCAGCCGACACCACCACCCCACCCAUCACCCGCCAGGACUACCUCUACGCCUGGCUCCUCGUCAACACACGUACCUUCUACCACGAAGCAUCCCCCGCCGCCCGCCGCGCCCCGCGCGAGGACCGCAUGGUGCUGCAGCCCGUGGCCGACCUCUUCAACCACAGCGGCACAGGCUGCGCCGUAACCUCGACCGCGGCCCGCUUCACCAUCACGGCCGACCGCGCCUACGGCAUCGGCGACGAAGUCUCCAUCUGCUACGGCCAGCACCACAACGACUUCCUACUAACCGAGUACGGCUUCGUGUUACCCGAGCACGGGCACGGGGCCGACGGAGCCGCCGACCAGAACCGGUGGGACGAGGCGUGCCUGGACGACGCGCUGCUGCCGGCGCUGGGGGCGGCGCACCGCGCGCUGCUGGAGGAGCGCGGGUUUCUGGGGAACUACGUGGUGGAUGCGGGCACGGUGUGCUAUCGCACGCAGGUGGCGCUGAGGGUGCUGUGCGUGUCGCCGGGGCAGUGGGAGAGGUUGGUGAGCGAGGGGGAGGACGGCGGGGAGGCGCUGCAGGAGGAGGUGGAUCGGUUGUUGCUGGGGUUGUUGAGGAGGUAUCGCGGGACGGUGGCGGGGAAGAUUGAGGAGGUGGAGGGUCAAUACUGAUCCAAACCCCAUCACCAUUCAAGAAUCCCAAGCUCAAAUCUUAAACCCAAUCACCAUCAUAAGUCGCAGUAUUUGGUAUACGCGGGCUUGACAAAUCUCCCAAACCCAAACUCCAUCGCCUACCAGACAUUCCACCAUCAAACAUCACAAAACCCAACAUGGGGAGAAGCAUAACCAGAUCAAGCGGUCACCCAAGGCUUCGAACCACACUCGCAUGCACCGUAACACCGACACCCCAACACAAAAGAGACCCAUAACACUGGAUGCCACACAGAGCGCAUCACAACACCCCCGAACAUGAUGAGGCCACAGACGGUGGACUCCCAAACAGCAGAGCCAAAGCAGAACAUUGCAAAAAGUAGUAAUAAAAGUCAACGUGAUGAUUGAUGAUUGAUCGAAUGAACCUGGCCCCAUAUUGCAUACCCCCCAACGCCCGAGAAACACCUUGAAAAAUAGAAACGAAAAAAAAAAAAAAAA